AUGGAAGACAAAAAUGAUGAAACUGUUCAUACAUCUCAUGCUCCUGCAGUGAAAGCCGGGGGAAUGAGAAUUGUGAAACAUGCCAGAGAACAUGAAGACAAAGCAUUAACGAAAUCGGAGCUAGCACACCAAGCAGCAGAGUACAAUUCAAGCAUCACAGGGGUUUCGCCACACGAUAUCUUUAGUAAGGAAGAGCUCGAAUCGCAUGACAAGAGCGUUAAAGCCAGUCAUGAUAAACCUAUGCCAAAGGUUACCAAACCGCAUAAUGACAAUACACGUCGAAUUAUUCAACAACCUUCAAAAUGA